AUGGCCUGUGAGCGAUUCCAGGGCAUCCAAGUUGUGUCCCAUGAUCAGAACUCUGUGUUUGUCAGGUUCAACUCCAGCCAUGGUUUCCCAGUGGAGGUCGAUUCUGACACCAAUAUCUUCCAGCUGAAGGAGGCGGUUGCUAAGCGACAGGGGGUUCCGGCUGACCAGUUGCGUGUGAUCUUCGCAGGGAAGGAGCUCGGGGACGACUGGACAGUGCAGAGCUGUGAUCUGGAGCAGCAGAGCAUCGUGCACGUGGUGCAGAGACCAUGGAGAAAAGGUGAAGAAACCAGCGCAUCCGGAGGGGACAACCCCAGAAGGACCUUGGGGAGCCUCGAGAAGGGGCCCAUGAGCUUAACACGGGUGGACCUGAGCAGCGAUGUGCUCCCAACGUACUCUGUGGGGCUGGCUGUUAUUCUCGACACCAACAGCAACAGUGGCUUGGCAGCAGCCGGAGUUCCAGGCAGACCUACCUACAACAGCUUCUACGUUUACUGCAAGGGCCCCUGUCAGAGAGUACAGCCAGGAAAACUCAGGGUCCAGUGCGGCACCUGCAGGCAAGCCACGCUCACCUUGGCUCAGGGCCCGUCUUGCUGGGAGGAUGUCUUAGUGCCAAACCGGAUGCGUGGGGAAUGCCAGUCGCCAACCUGUUCUGGGACGAGAGCGGAAUUUUUCUUUAAAUGUGGAGCGCACGCAACAUCCGACAAGGAAACGUCAGUGGCUUUGAACCUGAUCACAGCCAACAGUCGCAGCAUCCCUUGCAUAACCUGCACGGACGUCAGGAACCCUGUCCUGGUUUUCCAGUGCAACCACCGCCAUGUGAUUUGUUUGGACUGUUUCUACCUGUACUGUGUGACGCGGCUCAAUGACCGGCAAUUCAUCCAUGACCCCCAACUUGGCUACUCCCUGCCCUGUGUGGCUGGCUGUUCCGACUCCCUGAUUAAAGAGCUCCAUCACUUCAGGAUUCUCGGAGAAGAGCAGUACCAGCGGUACCAGCAGUACGGCGCAGAGGAAUGCGUGCUGCAAAUGGGCGGUGUGUUGUGCCCCAGCCCAGGCUGCGGAGCGGGGCUGCUGCCCGAGCCAGGCCAGAGGAAGGUCACCUGCGAGGGAGGCAGUGGCCUGGGCUGUGGGUUCAUCUUCUGCCGCGAUUGUAAAGACACAUACCAUGAGGGGGAGUGCAGCGCACCAAUGGAGGCCUCGGGAACCGGAGCUCAGGCCUACAGGGUCGACGAGAGGGCCGCUGAGCAAGCCCGCUGGGAGGAGGCCUCCAAAGAGACCAUCCAGAAGACCACCAAGCCCUGCCCACGGUGCCAUGUGCCAGUGGAGAAGAACGGAGGGUGCAUGCACAUGAAGUGUCCACAGCCCCAGUGCCGACUCGAGUGGUGCUGGCACUGCAGCUGCGAGUGGAACCGCACCUGCAUGGGCGACCACUGGUUCGACGUGUAGCUGGGCACUGCUGCCACUGGGCACCGCUGCCCCCACAGCCGCUUGGUUGGAAAAGCACAGCAUCCUGAUUUCAUCCAUGGCU